AUGGUUGCAGAUGCAUUGUCCAAGUUUUCCAACAUCCUCAAUCAAGAAAGAUUUUAUUACCAAGAGAGUGACCUGCCACCUGAUGCUCUAGGACCUCUACGCAUGGAUAAAAUGGGCCUUCCAUCAUUCAGAAUCAGGCCUGCAAAGGACAUAGGAUGGCUUUUCAAAGGGGCAGGCAAAAUGCUGAACCAAAAAAAUCGUUGUGUUCUCACAGCAGUGGCAAUAAUUUUGUUAGUGCUCUCAAUAAUAUUUGGCUAUAAAUCAGAGAAGUAUGCGGUAAUAUUUGAUGCUGGAAGUACUGGCAGCAGAGUUCAUGUAUUUCGUUUCAAUAAGAAUAUGGAACUUCUUCCCAUUGGCAAAAAGAUCGAGUAUGUAAAGGAGAUAUCACCAGGUUUAAGUGCAUAUGCAGAAAAACCCAAAGAUGCAGCCCAGUCCCUGGAGCCACUUUUACAUGGAGCUGAAGGUGUUGUUUCCAAAGAGUUGCAAUCUAAAACACCCUUGGAACUUGGGGCAACAGCAGGCCUAAGGAUGUUAAAAGGGCACCAAGCUGACGAGAUCUUACAAGCGAAGGUGAGAAAUUUAUUCAAGAGUGAAAGCAUCAUCCGUACCAAAGAUGAAUGGGUCACUAUUCUUAACGGAACUCAAGAAGGUUCUUACAUGUGGGCCGCAAUGAAUUAUCUAUUAGGAAACUUGGGUAAGAGCUAUAAAAAUACAACAGCAACAAUUGAUCUGGGAGGUGGUUCAGUCCAAAUGGCAUAUGCAAUCUCAAAGGAACAGUUUGAAAAGGCUCCUGAAAAUCCUGAUGGAGAACCCUACGUUCUGCAAAAACAUCUUAUCAAAAGAUAUUAUUACUUAUAUGUACACAGUUAUUUGAACUAUGGGCAACUAGCAGGUCGCGCAGAGAUAUUCAAGACUACAAAAAAUGAUAGCAAUCCUUGUGUUUUGCAAGGCUAUGAUGGGUACUACUCAUACGGGGGAGUGGAAUACAGAGUACAGGCUCCAGCAAAUGGUAGUAGCGUGUGGGAAUGUCAGAAAUUAGCUGGGGAGGCACUUAACAUUACAGCACCAUGCAAGUAUGACAAUUGCACAUUCAAUGGUGCAUGGAAUGGUGGAGGUGGUUAUGGAUUCGAUACUCUGCAUGCUUCCUCAUUUUUCUACGAUAUCGCCGUUCAAGUGGACAUUAUCGAUCCUGUAGCUUCAACUCUUGAAACGAAGCCAAUUGAGUACCUAAAUAAAGCAAUAUUUAUUUGCGAACUAAAUGUAGAUGAUAUAAAAUCAAUAUUCCCAAACGCUGAAGAUAGAGAUAUUCCAUAUUUGUGCAUGGACUUGGUAUAUCAAUACACUUUGCUUGUAGAUGGAUUUGGCCUAGAUCCAUACAAAGACAUUACAGUAACGCAUGAUGCCAAAUACAAGAAUUACCUUGCUGCAGCAGCUUAG